UUGCCGAAGUAACCAUGUCUGAGGUCGCCCCUGUUGCCGCGCCCGAUGCGGCCCCUGCUGUCGCUCCGGCCCCGGCCAAGGCUACGGCUGCCAAGAAGCCGAAGAAGGCGGCGGGCGGCUCCAAAGCCCGGAAGCCCGCGGGCCCCAGCGUCACCGAGCUGAUCACUAAGGCUGUGUCCGCCUCCAAGGAACGCAAGGGGCUCUCCCUCGCCGCGCUCAAGAAGGCGCUGGCCGCCGGCGGCUACGAUGUAGAGAAGAGCAACAGCCGCAUCAAGCUGGGGCUGAAGAGCCUCGUCAACAAAGGUACCCUGGUGCAGACCAAGGGCACCGGUGCCUCCGGCUCUUUCCGCCUCAGCAAGAAGCCGGGAGAGGUGAAAGAAAAAGCCCCCAAGAAGAGAGCGACCGCAGCCAAACCGAGAAAGUCAGCAGUCAAGAAGCCUGCCAGCGCUGCCAAGAAGCCCAAGAAAGCGGUGACAGCGAAGAAGAGCCCCAAGAAAGCUAAGAAGCAGGCGGCCGCUGCUGCAGUCAAGAAGGCAGCCAAGAGCUCCAAAAAGGUGACUAAGGCUGCCAAGCCCAAGAAGGCGGCGACAGCAGCGAAGAGUCCAGCCAAGGUGAAGGCGGUGAAGCCCAAAGCAGCUAAGCCCAAGGCAGCCAAGCCAAAAGCGGCUAAGGCGAAAAGGGCGGCGCCCAAAAAGAAGUAAAUGAUCCUGAAAAAAAUCUCAUCUGCUUUGCAGAUAAACCCAACGGCUCUUUUAAGAGCCACCCAA